CUCCCCCGGUAGGCGCCAGGAACCAACCCCACGGAGUGAGGAUGAGCUCCACGAACCCGCUCUCCUGCGAUGUGGAACGGUCAGGCCGCCCCUCUCGCCAGGCCCCGACACGCGACGAUUUAACGCCCCUUCCAGGGCGGGGGUGGGUCCGGUUGCCUAGUGACAGCGACGCUACUCAGCGGCCCCUCAGCAGGGACAAAAUGGCGGCGGGCCGCGGCGGCGGGGCCCGGCGAGGCGCGGGCUGCGGUUCAGCUGGGGUGCGGAAAUCCCACAGGAUCCUGCCCCAUCCUGCCAUGCCAAAGAAGACUUUGAUGCAUGGAGACUUCCUGGCUAAGGAGGAAGAGUACAAGCGACUGAAUGCAGAAUUAGAGGCAAAAACAGCAGAGUUGGUGCGUCAGGCUGAAGAAGUAAUAAGAGAUCAACAAGAGAUACUAUCAAUACCGGUUUCAACACAGGUUAAAUUGUGUGAAGAUGAUGACAAACAACUGAGAGAUGUGCUUUCUCCUGAACUGCCAAUCCUUACACUUUCGCAUAUUAAGCAACCAAACAAGAAAUCUGGUUCCAUGUCUACAGCUCAGAACAGACCACACUCUGGCAGUAAGGGAAAGAGAACAACUUCAAGUGCAAAACUAAGAAGCAUUGAUAUAAAAGCUGCUGAUGAUGUUGCCAUCCUGGAGGACUUCACAGAUUUUUCUCUCGCAAAGACAAUUAGUAAAAUUGAAGGAAAACUGGAGGAAGGAGACUUGCUUGAAAGUCUAGAUGAUGAUAUUAUUCCAAGUGUAGGAAAUGAAAUUGGAACAGAAGCCCAGAUCAGAUUUCUUAAGGCAAAGCUGCGUGUUAUGCAGGAGGAGCUGGAUAGUAUAGUACGUGAAUGUAGUAAAAAGGAUGAUGAGAAUCGGAAUUUAAACUCUCGGGUUAAAGAAACUGAGGAAGAACAUGCUAGACUCCAGCGAACAGUCAGUACUCAACAGUUUCAAAUUGAAAAGUACAAAAUGCUGUCAGAGGAAGCUAACAGGAAAAGUGAAGGAUUACAGCAACAGCUCACUGCAGUAGAAAAGGAACUAGAGAAUCUAAAGCGCAUACAAAAGCAGGCUUCUACCAGUCAGAGUGCUACAGAAGUUCGCUUAAAUAGGGCUCUUGAGGAAGCAGAAAGGUAUAAAAUGGAGCUGAAUAAACUGAAGCAAAGCAAUAAGGACAUAGCCAACCAAGAGCACAAAAAAUUUGAAGAACUAAAAAUAGCAAACAAGAGACUGGAGAAACAAAAAGGAGAGCUAAUGACAGGUUUCAAGAAACAGCUAAAGUUAAUUGAUAUUCUGAAGAGACAAAAGAUGCAUAUUGAAGCAGCUAAAAUGCUUUCUUUUACUGAAGAAGAGUUCAUGAAAGCUCUUGAGUGGGGAAAUCCAUGAUGCAGUGUUCAAUGCCUUGGUUUGAAAAUCAGUUCUGAUUGUAUGCUGUUUUGAAAAUAUAUAAUGUUUUCACCCCUCAGCUCGCUACUUACCACAAAUGUCCAAAUAGAUAGUUUUAGAUUAAUCCUGGUAAAAUUGUUCAACUUUUAAGAGUUAUAAUAGGAUAAACAUUUUAAUGUUUGAUUGUAAAUAGUUUUGUGUUGCAACAUACCUUGAAAUGGAGUUAUUCAUCCAACACUUUAGCUAAGUGGCUAAAUGCUCUAUCUAUAUCCUCACUGACUGUAAGGGGUAAAGCAAGCAGUAUGGAGAGAAGAACACAUUAUAUACACAUCUGUUUUAGUUACCAAUUUUCUGUUUUCAUACUGAUUGGUUGAAACUGUAGUUGAGAAGAUGAAAAACACUGUUGUCCAAAUAAAAGGUAAUGUUUAUAUAUCUCAGAAAACUAAGGUGAUAGUUCAAAAACCUCAUUAAUAGGGAGGAAAAUUUUACAACUUGGAUAUAAAAACAAAUUUGAUUGUAAAAAUAAAGGUUUGGGAACUACGUAGGGACAAUGUUUGUUGUUCAUUCCGCCUUAGAUCUUCACAGUCUUAGCUGGGUUGGAACAUUAAAUACAUUAGUGGAUGUUGGUUGUCUUAAUUUAGAGGAAAGUUGAUAGCUUGCCAUAGAUAUUAAAUCUUGAUCUUGAUGUCCAAUAAAGCAUACAAAAAUUAGUUUGCUAACAUGGAAGUAUUGUUUAAAAUUGCUUCUGAUGACUAGAGACAAGAUCCGAUCCCAUACCUUUAUUUUUAAAAGUGAUAAAUAUGGGUGUCAAUGUAAAAUGAAAAUCUCUCAAUUUUCAGCAAUAUUUAAUAAGUUAAAACGUGCCUCCUGAAAUAUUUGAAGUUGAAUAUUUUCUUGACCCCGUCCAUUUUCCUAAGUCCUCCUAACAUCAUAUACUGUUCUCAGUCCCAUUUGGUUCCUAUAGUGUUAUCUUUUUCCAUAUUAAAUGCACAUGGCUGUGUAAACGUUCGAUGAAAGUAAUGAUCAUUCUUAGCAUCAUUCAUUUAGUGUUCUGUACAUUACAGUCAAACCUAAAGGGCACAAUCAGGAGUGCAGACCCCACUGUGCUAGGUAGUAUAUAAAGAUGUGAUGAUUUUGUAAUCCUAUUACAAUAAUCAAGAAUAAAUGGACAAAACUGA